CUCUCAAUCUGACUCUCUAGCGGGCGACUAACCUCCACCGGAGUCGACAGAUUGAGGCCCUAAGAACAAAACCUCCACUACCAGAGUAAAUCCGGUACAGAAUAGUGAGUUGGUUCCUCGACUAAAGUCACCAACUCCCUACCUUCAAUCAAGGAUGCUCUAUCAACCUAGGCAGAUAUUCUCAUUCUAGGUCAAAGCAGAAACAACAGGAAUUUGAUCAGGAUUCAAGUCAUUCAAUCAUUAAAACCUCAAUCGAAUAUAAUCAAUCAUAGAAUCAGUACUUGGGUUCAUACAAUCAAACCUAACAUGCAAAUCUAGGGUUCUCCAUACCCAGAUGAAUGGAAGAACUACUCCAUGGAGAAGAAAGCAAAAGCAGAAUCAGACACGGAAUUCAUACUGCGAAGGACGGAUUCCGGCUUCUGGACGUUGAUCGGCACUUCUCCAAGCUCAAGCUGGCCUCCAAUGGUGUUGAAGAUCAAUCUAGGGCACUUGGGAACUCUUGCUCGUCACUUUCUCUCUCUAGAAUUCGUUCUUUCUCUCAAAAACUCCAAUCCUCCCGAAUUGUGGCUGAAAUUUUGCUUAAAAGGAGAAAAUCCCGACUCACACGGCCAGGGUGGCACGGCCGUGCAGCUCACCCAGUUGCCCGUGUGAGUCAAAACGCAUCGUUUCAUUUAGUUCGAAUUCCAGGCUCUUUGCACGGCCAGAAUGGCACGGCCGUGUAGACAUCCCCUUUUGCCCGUGUUUGCUCUCGCAGAAUGUGGCACGGCCAACCCGGCCACUUGCACGGCCGUGUCGAUCCUCUGCUCUGCCCGUGUGUGCUCUCGGCAAAACUCGCACGGCCAGGCCAUUACUUCACACGGCCGUGUGAAGAUCAGGGCAGCCCGUGUGACCUCCUUUGUGACUUGUCUCGCGCCCGAUCUUCACCCAAUCGACCCCGAACUCACUCCUAAACCUUCAUUCACUUGCCAGGACCUGAAAUAUCACAAACAAGCACAACCUAGCGUGAAAUCGGUCUAAAACACGAGAAACCACAUCUCCAACGGUGUAAGAACAGGGGUGAAAACAUGUGUAACUAACGGUCUAUCAAGGAUCAAUAGACUUCAUUAUCGGUGGAGAAUAGCCUCGACCUGAUUUCACGAUCUGUAGCCUCCAGAAUCGAAAGAAAAUGGCAUUUCGGAAAAAUCGCCCAAAAUCGGUGAUGGUACCCCUUUGCAAUCUGUUAAAAAUUGACUCGGAAUAAAUCCGCCCAAAUCGGUGCUUAAUGGACUUAGUCAUCGUUGAAGAAUAGUCUCAGGCCGAAUCCGUGAUCUGUAGCCUUCAAAAUCCAAUGAAAAUGGCCUUUCGACGCCCACAAAAUUACGAAAAUGCCAUCCGAAAAUAAAUUGGCCAAAAUCGGUGUUUAAUGGACUUAUCAUCCGUGGAGAAUAGGAUCAAUAGACUUCAUUAUCGGUGGAGAAUAGCCUCGUCCUGAUUUCGCGAUCUGUAGCCUCCAGAAUCGAAAGAAAAUGGCAUUUCGGAAAAAUCGCCCAUAAUCGGUGAUGGUACCCCUUUGCAAUAUGCCAAAAAUUGACCCGGAAUAAAUCCGCCCAAAUCGUUGCUUAAUGGACUUAGUCAUCGUUGAAGAAUAGUCUCUGACGCUCUAAAACACAACACCUAACAAUGGCCAAGUGUAACCAAUGAAAGAGACUGCAGUAUAGUGGCUCAAGUGAUAAAUAUCGAAUCCACGGGUCUCUAGAGUUACUAUUACUCAGCUUCAGUUUAUUAUUUAGCAAACCAGAUUAAGAUAAAAGAACUAAAACUAC